AAAAUGUAAAAGCUAUUGAGCCAAUUAAUAUUAAAGAAGCUAUUUAUUUGAUUUCUGAUGCUGAUGUUAAUGAUAUAAAUGAUCUUAAUCAAUUAUUAGAAGAAUUAGAGAUGCCAUAUAAUUGUACCAAAUUAUCAGCGGAAGAAUAUAUAAACGUGGAUAAGGAAGUGCAAACAAUGGAUACACCAACUGAAGAGUCUAUUGUUAAAGAAGUUCUUAAAGAACAAGAAGCAUUAGAAGUCGCAAAAAAAUAUCUUGAGCAAUCGCAAUUUGCUACUGAGAACGAUAUUUAUUUGUUGCGACAAAUUAUUAAAAAGGCAGAAAGUUUUUACCGAUCCAGCCUUAAACAAAUGACUAUUGACAAAUAUUUUAUAAAUCAAUAG